CCCACCCCUCUAACAUAUCAUUCACGCAUUGUAAAUCGAAACACGGCCCACUUGAAAAGAUAGCAAUUGGUAGACUCAAGCGGAGGAAUGCCCAUAAAAAUCCAAAGUCCACAACAACAAUUAAAAAUCCAAAAAUGUCAUAAUAAUAAAUGAAAAUCCAAAUUUGGCAUAAUAAUAAAUGAAAAGUCCAAAUAUCGCACAACAUAAAUGAAAUUCAAAAAAUGGCAUAGCAAUAAAUCAAAAUCCAAAGAUAGCAAGUAAUAAAUGAAAAUCUAAAUAUGGCAAACAAUGAAUGAAAAUCCAAAGAUAGGGUUAUCUUUGGAUUUUUUUCUCAUUUAUUGUUAUCCAUCUUUGGGAUUUCAUUUAGUACUGAUGUGCCAUCUUUGGAGUUUCAUUAAUUGUUUUGCCAACUUUAGAUUUUUCAUUUAUAGUUCUGUCAUGUUUGCGUUUGAAAAUCCAAAAAAUAGGAAGAAAAUAACCUAGCUCAUCAUCUGAAGUUCUGAACACAUCCACAAUGACCAAUCAAGAAAUUUCCAAAAAAUACAUCCUCCUAGAACCAAAAGGAAGCAAGUAAUUAAUGAAUCUAAAGGCACCCCAAAGAAUACCCAAGUCAAAAUCGCAUCCCACCCACUGCCCUAUAAAAAGACCUGGGUUUGUGCAUUUCCAGGCAUCGAGUUACCAGUAAAACAAGUGAGGGUUUCCUUUUGUUUGUGUCUGUGUGUUUGUUGUGCUCGUAAGGCAAUGGAAGGAGGAGCCGUCCCGGCGGGUGCGGGCAAGGCGGCCUAUGGCGCUGGAUUGCCCAAGAGUCCACUUCAUCCACAGCCACAACCCACCGUCGGCGCCCGCCUGGCCGAUGCUGAACAAGAGCCAUGUGCGGCUGAAAUAGUUCCUCAAAUCAUCACAGUUCAAGGUGGACAGGAUGUAGCAAUGGAAGUCAAGUCGUAUGGUGGGAAUGGUUGGGCAUUUUUUAUCAUAUCUGCCGAGGGCGCCGUUUCCAACGUGACACUGCAUCAACCAGCUUCUCCCCUUGAAAUAGUUAUUCAUGAGGGUUGUUUUGACAUUGUCUCUAUGACCGGCUCGUAUCUGCCGUCAAAAACUGAUGGAGUUAGCACUCUAAAAGGUGGGUUCGCUAUUUCGCUUGUCGGUGCUGAUGGCCGCAUCUUCGGUGGUGGGUUAGCCGGACCUCUGAUUGCAGCGUCACCUGUUCAGGUGGUCAUUGGAAGGUUUGCAGCUGAUGAAAAAGAGGAGAUGAAACAGGAUGUGGCCAGUGGAACUCCAGGUGCUACUGAAUCGAGUGAUUCUGCGACUGGAUCCUCUAGUGGUCCAGCAAGCCCAUCAAACUAGAGUGCCGCUCGCACAUUCAACACCAGCUUCCUAUUUCCAGAUGCCAGCCAGCUUAAAUUCCUAGCUUUUCAUUCCUGCUAUUAUUUCCAAAUGCUUAGCUUUCUGCUCGUACUUGUUGAACUUUUCAGUCUCGUUAUAUGAUGUAUGGCCCCUCGAUGUGGUCAAGUUAUGUUUUCUGUAACUGGAUGAUGCUUCAUGAUAUUAUAGUUAAUGAAACAUUUCAUGGUCAUAUUGCACACAUCUGAUGAUUACCGGUUCUGAAAUGCUUAGGUAACUCCUACACAUCUGAUGUGUAUCAGUUCUGAAAUGCUUAGAUAACUCCUAGCUCCAAACACUUAGCUUUUUCAGUAUCAAUUGCAGGUAGCAACUGAUGACUGCUCAUAAGUCCAGAGAAACUAUCUCCUGGAAAUGAUCUCUCAAAAAUUCUAAAAAAAAUACAGUGUGUUGGACAGUUUGAUGUUCUGCAAACAUGUAAAAUUUCA